GACUGCGCUGUCAGCUGGACAGGACGCCGCAAACAUGGUGAUCUUCAGUGUGUACGUGGUGAAUAAAGCCGGAGGUUUAAUUUACCAGUAUGACAACUAUGUACCGAGAGCAGAGGCGGAGAAGACCUUCAGCUAUCCUUUAGACCUGGUGCUAAAGCACCACGAUGAGAAAGUGGUCGUGUCUUUCGGGCAAAGAGACGGAAUCAAAGUGGGCCACGCAGUGUUGUCCAUCAAUGGAGUGGAUGUGAUCGGAAAGAACACGGCAGAUGGGAAAGACAUCCUCGAAUACCUGAAAGACUCUGCUAACUAUCCGGUGUCUAUCCGCUUUGGCCGGGCUCGUCUCAGCUCCAACGAGAAGCUGAUGCUGGCCUCCAUGUUCCACUCGUUGUUUGCGAUUGGUUGCCAGUUGUCUCCUGAAGUCGGCAGUUCGGGUAUCGAGAUGCUUGAAACCGAUGUCUUCAAACUGCACUGCUUCCAGACUCUCACAGGGAUAAAGUUUAUUGUGAUGGCAGACCCUCGACAGUCUGGUAUUGAUGCACUAUUGAGGAAGAUUUAUGAGAUCUACUCAGACUUUGCCCUGAAGAAUCCAUUCUAUUCUCUGGAAAUGCCCAUCAGGUGUGAGCUGUUCGACCAGAAUCUAAAGAGCGCGCUGGAGGUCGCAGAAAAGGCCGGAAACUUCGGUGUUGGAUCGUAAACCACAGAAGGAUAUUUCAGAAAUGUUCAAAGCCUGGAAGGAAACGUGUAUUUCUGUUUUGUAUCUUUGUCCCACUCACCCAUCAUAUUGUAAAUACAUUGUAAAUAAACGAAAGCCUAUCCUCC